GGGGUGAUAUAUUGCCCAAUGCCUGCUUGUCAUAGUCUCCCAGCAUCAAGCAACCAUUAUUUAUUUGCAUGGUUUCUGGGGACUCCACCAAAGUUUGUUCUCUGCUAAUCAGUUCCUCUCAUUAACAUCUGUAUCAUGUUGUGAAGAAAAAAUACUGUAUUUUUGCCAUUCCUCUGGAGGAAAGUUUUAUACGGUGGUGCUGGGGUUCUUGUUCAUAAAUAAGAAUCUCAAAUUAUGUCAUUUGUUGCAUGUCUUGUUUUUGUAUGUCACAGCGCUCCAUGUUUAAGAUGGCCAGUAUCGUACAAGGAAAAGGAAACCAGAGCCUAGGAAAUGUCAUCAACUUCCUGCUGGCUAAUGCCAGGCUGGUGCUGGGUGUCGGGGGAGCUGCCAUACUGGCCAUUGCCACAUUGGCAGUUAAAAGAAUGUUUGAUAAGGCCAGUGAUCCUCCGGACAGUUCUCUGGACAAGCCUGACCCGAAGCCUAUAAAGGAAGAGGCUGGCUGGAUCGAGCCAUCGCCCAAACUGCUGCAUAAGGAAAUGCAGAGAGAGCUCACCAAAUCAUUGCAAAGAAUGACCAUCGCAAAGACCAAACCAGGAGGUCGCAAAGCUCUUACUGUCUGCAGGAAUAUUGAAAAUGAGAGCAGAAACACUAAACUCUGCAUCACCCUGCAGGAGAAACUUCUCGCCUAUUACACGUACAAAUCCAUCCCAGUCUCUGAGCUGAGUCAAGCCAAGCAGUGCGCAUUGGAUAUCUGCACCGAACUGCAGGAAUUCAUCAGCAAGAAACAUCCUGAAAUGCCUGUGGGGGAGUUGAAACUCAGUGGGAGUCUGUACAGUGACCUCCAGAUGGGUUCAGCUGAUCACGUCACUCUUGUCAUGCCACUGGUCAUUGAAGAGAAUCUCUGGGCCCUUGUCUCAGGGGAGGAGACGAUAUUGAACGCCCCGGACCUAUGGAUUGUGAGAAGGAAUAACACAGACUAUUUUCCACGGGGAAGCAGUUACUGGGAUCGAUUUCUUGUGGGGACAUAUUUGUCGCCAAAAGUGUUAGUUGAAACAUUCCACAAGACUGUGGUGGGGAGCAUUAACUGGCCUGCGAUAGGCAGUAUGCUGGACUGUGUAGUUAGACCCAAGGUCUCUUCUGAAACCCUUGAGUUAGAGGCUCAAUACGAUAUUGAGAAAUCUCUACGUAUUAAUGUCCUUCCUAUGAUUAAGAUGGACCAGGUAGAACUUACAGCAACACCACAAACACAGGGACAUUUCACAAACAUGUGGCAGCAGAGAUUUUGGGUCGCUGAGAUCGCUGAGCUGGGAUGGCUGGACAGCGAGGACUCAGGCUGUCGCCAGCGCUGUGUGAAGUUGCUGAGAGCUGUCUGCAGGAGCCACGCUUCACUGAGCAGGCUGAGCAGCAGCCAACUGAUCAACGCUGUCCUGCACCUCAGCCACACAGAGAGCGACUGGACUGAAGCCUUCCUGGCAGACAGGUUUGUACAGUUGCUUAGGGAGCUGAUUGGUUACCUGGAGCAGGGCUGCCUGCCCGGGUACUUCAGCAGUCGAGUCAAUCUCUUUUCUAAUUUGUCAGAGGAGGAGAUUGAGGAGAUGGGUUACACCCUGUACUGCGCAGUGUCUGAUCCUAGUAUUUUGCUUGACCAUUGACUUGAGCAAUGCACACAACUACUUGUUUUUCCAACAGUUCUAUCAAAGCUGUAUAAAACAAAUUACUAAAUCGGGAAUCUGAUAUCUCUUUAAAAUUCCAGGUAACUGGAACAAAUGCUUUAAAAUGUGAAUCAACUUUGCCAGCAGUGCUUGCUGACAAGAUCUGGAUUUUUUUUUUACAUAUAAUUUUUUUUAAGUUCUUCAGUUCCACUGCACAGGUUGUGUGCGAGACCGCGAUUGUUCCAGUGACAUUUCCUGGUGCUGCUUCUUUAAGUCUUGCUUCAAUGGUAAAUAGUUCCCCAUAAAUCAAACUAUUUACUCUUGGCAGUUUCAGACCCAAACCUCGCCCAAAAAAACUUAAUCAAAAGUUUAAACUCAAGGUUGCAAACGUGGCUGGUUUAUCCACCAUCAACUACACGUGACAGAUCAGGAGUUUGCCAAUCGUAGCCAGUUUACAGGGGACAAUUGUCCUCAGCGCCUGAGGUUUUGGGAGGAGGAGGCUGGGGGAGGAAUAAGUCAGGGUUCCUCGUACCCAGUCUGAUGCUGGAGUUGAACCUCCUGUUGGUUUGAUGUGUGUUGGUUUGGACAUUUGAGUGAAUGAAAUGUGUGGGUGUGGAUAGCUUCAGGCCCACCUCCAGUGAAUUUGCUGCUACAUUAAGUGGAGUAGAAAAUGGAUGAAAUAUGGAGAGAUUAUCAGAGGUUGACCGGUGUGUCAGUCCAUGUCUUCCAAAUAGCAAAGGAGGAAUCUGAAUUAUUUUAUUAUAACCGAUUGAAACAAUGUGUGUGUAUUUAUUUGUGCUUGGUACUGGAAAGAGCUGCUCCAUGACAUUAGGUGAACGAAAGUCACGUGUAAAAUAGCUUGAGCUCUUCCAAUGCAGAUUGCCUCCGGUUGGCAAAAAUGAUCAGAUGGGCUGAUGUUGAACAGAGAGCAAGAAAUGGAAAUCUAUUCCACGUGGCUGUGCUAUACAGAAUGUACAGCUCAGAAACAGGUCACUCAGCUCCACUAGUCCAUGCUGGUGUUUAUAUGCCACACAAGGCACACAUUAACAUGAAAUGUACAACUCUGUGGAGCACUGAGUGCUCAAGUAUGUCAUUUAUUAUGUGAAUUCAGUUGAUUCUAUUUAAUACGUUUGUGUAUGUCAGCUGGUCAUUCACAACUUUUUUUUGAAAAAAAUGAGGGGAUCAUAUAUCCCUGUUAUCCUGAUUUAACAGGCAGGUGAAUUGUGAUCACCACCUUUUGGGGCUAAUCUUUUACAAUGUCUGACCUCAACCGGGGCAGCAGGAGAGGAAAAUAAAAAUCUGAUCAGCUGGGUUUUCCAGUGAUGAUUGUUCUGACUGUGACCCACAUUGGCCCAGAACAGGAUCUGACUCCACAAUCAGAUAGGGAGAUGGCUGCCUGAGCAAUGGUCCUCUAGGUUGAGGUGCCAGCAACUGGCACAUGGGCAACCAUACCCAUAACAGACCAGUCAGUCUGCACCCAGAGGAGUAAAAGCGAUAAAGACAGUGAGCACAGAAGCUCAAAUACCCCAAGCUUCAGCUCCAGCUGUUAACGCAGCUCCCUCAUACCGGGCUCUGUUAUGCACACCCACAGUGAGCAGCACUCCUUGUUCAAGCGAGAUUCUUCUAAACAGGAUUCCGUGGGCGAGACUAUAGUUACACGUUUGCAGUAAUAAAUGGGUGACACUAUAUUGUAAACUGUUGCUGCUAAAUGUGGUGGGCUGCCAGAGCACUAUUUCAAUCAUGAUCAUUAAAUGAAAGAUUACUUUAGCAAUGA